AUGAAUGAUAGGUCUAGCAAGUUGAAACAAGUUUUGGACAGACAGAUUUAUUGUCUGGCAAGGCGAAACACAGUGAUGGCAUAUCUACUAGAGAAGGGAAAUGGAUCUCGAUGUGUGCUUGAAGCCAUCAAGGUCGAACCUUUCACACAGAAGCAGUUUGCAGAUAUGAUAAAGGAGGCUCAUGCAAAGUCCCAGGACUACUAUCUUGCAAGGGUCCAAUGCAGAAGUAAUCCCGAAGACGGAAAGAAUAUAUACUACUGUUACGAUGCAAGGCAGCUUUGUAAAUACAUAUUCGAGAUGGUUAUUUCCACAGAAGGUAGGAAAAUAAGGAUAAAGAACUUCAAGGAUCCAAUAAAUCAAGAGCAGAUCCAUGAAAUCAGCUUUUUCAAGCUGAGAUACGAUUCAGAUACACCUUUAAAAGCAGAAUAUGUUGGAAACCAGGUGAACUUCCUUGAAAACAACUGCUUCCGUAGCAAGAUAUUCUAUCAGGAAAACGCUUUGGAUGCGCUGUCUGUGAAUUUCCAAUUUGGGCCUCAGAAGAAGAAAAUACCAAUCAUCAACAGGAGGAAGUUAUUCACUGUGUUCAUGAUGGUCAUCUUAGUUUUUGUCAUAGGAACACUGGUUGCCAUGGUAGCAGAAAGAGAGCCUUCAAAAGCCUCUCCGCCUCUAAAGCUCUCCAUAAACAAAGGAAAAAGUAUUUAA